AUGAAGAGAGGCCCUUCAAUGUUAGAGAAAAACUAUGCCCAAGCUGUGACACGACUCGAAAGUAUUGAAAGGAAGCUGAAACGAGACCCUGAGAAAGUUGAAGCUUACAUCACUGCGAUCAACCAAUAUGUAGAGAAAGGCUUUGGAGAGAAAGCAGUUGAUGUGACAAGUGGAGAUGGGAGUGUCCGGCACUUGCCGCACCAUGCUGUUUUCCAUGCUGACAGACCGACAACAAAAUGCAGAAUCGUAUUCGAGGCUUCUGCCCGAGGGCAAGACGGUGUUUUUCUCAAUGAGUGUAUCCUUCCGGGUCCUGCAUUGCAACCCAACCUUGCAUCUGUCCUCAUCCGUUUUCGCACGCACAGAGUUGGAAUGAUAACAGAUGUGGAGAAGAUGUAUCUUCAGAUUAACCUUACGCGAAAACAUCAGGACGUACACCGUUGUCGAUGGAGAGAUCUGAAGACAGAGGUAGCACCGAAACUUUACAGAAUGCUAAGACUGACACUUGGAGUAAACGCUUGUCCAUUUCUUGCCUUUGCAACCGUGAAUGCUCAUGUCAAUAAGUAUGUAGAGACAUUCCCUGACGCCGCAGGAGAAAUCCUACAUAACAUGUAUGUAGAUGACUUCUUAACAGGAGCUGACACAGACAACUCGGCGCUGAAACUUCAACAAGAGAUGUCAGAUAUCAUGAUGGCAGCAGCGUUUAACUUAAAAAAUUGGGCAAGCAACUCGAAGCUCGUAAUGGAUGGUAUAGAUACAGACAAAAGAGCAACGUCGCUACUAUUGGAGUGUGAUUCACGUCAGCCACUCAAAGCCCUUGGUGUAUCAUGGGACUUGAAUUCUGACUGCUUCAGAUUCAUUACACCAAGUGAAAGUGUUUUUUCCCAUGAUCCAAUGACGAAAAGGAGCCUUCUAAGUUUAGCAUCAAGAACGUUCGGCCCAAUGGGACUAAUUUCUCCUUUCACCGUGAGAGCCAAGAUUUUUUUCCAAGAGCUGUGA